GCUCAGAGAGCACACACAGCACAGAGCGGGCGAGCGUGCAGCACUCCCACAGAGAGAGAGAGAGAGAGAGAGAGAGAGCCGGAGACCGCAAUACACAGAGAGAGAGAGAAAGAUAAGUAGACAGAGAGAGCGAUAGAGACUGAGAUACGGUGGGCUUGUGCAUGUUUUUGUGUCAGUCAGAGUUUGAGAAAGAGCGAGAGAGAUCAAGAGAUAGAGAGAUAAAGAGAGAGCGAUCAGGUGAUUGAUAGACACAGGCCGAGGGAGAGGCAGAGGGAGAGAGAGACAGAGAGAGAGAGAGACAGAGAGAGAGAGAGGAGUCUGAGGAUAUUUUUCCUCCACACUUGAUGUGUGUUGGCGUGAACAGCAGAAGACAUCUCCUGCACGGGAGAAAGGAGAAUCCGAAAAAAAGAAAGAGUGUCCAGAAACCCCAAAACGUCGUCAGUUUCAGGAGGAAUAUAUCUGAGUGGGAUUCCCCUCUCCAUGCUCUGACCCACCCCUGGCGUUGCGCAUCUUUUGAGGGGAGAAAUUAGCCAAAAGCUGCAUGAAGCACAGGCCCAUGCUUCUCCCAAAAUUAGGGUCUGGUGUGAAGUUCUGAGUGAACGGCACGAGGUGUGAGCACCAGGACAGCGUGUGGGUGGAGCCAGCAGAUCAGACAGCCCUACACCGACCGACCCCGAGGCUACCAGGACGAUGGCGAGCAACAACACCGCUAGCAUCGCCCAGGCCAGGAAACUGGUGGAGCAGCUGAAGAUGGAGGCCAACAUCGACAGGAUAAAGGUGUCGAAAGCGGCGGCGGACCUGCUGUCCUACUGCGAAGCGCACGCCAAAGAGGACCCCCUGCUGUCGCCGGUGCCCGCGUCGGAGAACCCCUUCAGGGAGAAGAAGUUUUUCUGCGCCAUUCUGUAAAAAAAAAAAAAAAAAAAAUUGAAAACAGAAAAAGACCGGCAUUGGCCUGCUCUGCAGUCCGCCUGAUGUGUGUUUUGAACGGGAGAUCGUUCUAAGAUUACGUAGAUUUAUUCUAGCGCGGUGGCGAGGCGACCACCAGCCCCGCCCCCCCCCCACCCCUCUUUUGUCGAAACGGCACCAAGCAAAGUGCAAUUUUCAAUACGCCAGAGUGUAUAACGUGUAGCUUUUAAAGGGGUAGUGAGGGCUUUUAAAGGGGUGUGCCGCAUGUUAAAGGGGUCUGUGUUUCCUUUAGACAAACACAAGGGGGGGAUGGAUGAUGUGGAAGAGGAGGACGAUGGUGAUGAUGACUCUGAUACGUCAGACAGGUGAAGCGGCCAGCCGUCUGGUUGGGAAUUGUACAGAAAAAAAAAGGAAAAGACGCAAAUCUAAAGUGAAAAAAUAAAAUAAUAAGAAUAACGUAAAAAUAGUCACUAUUAUUUUUGUGGUGCUCUUGGAGCCCCCAACAUGUUGUGCGGUAGUGUUGGUGGGUUGGUAGCUCUACCCUAGGACACAUUAACGUCUCUACAGCGAGAAUCCACUUAUUGGAAUGCUUUUUUUUACGUUACAUAUUGGAAGUGUUUUUUCGAUCUGUACCCUGGACAGCUUUCUAUAACCAUCUGUGAUAACAGAAAACUGCUCCGUUCAUUUUCUUCUUCUUCUUCCUCCUCCUCCUCAUCUUCUUCUAUUUAGUUGUAUGCUUUUUUUUACUAAACCAAACGAUUCGUGAAUAUGUUUUGUUUUUUUAAUGGUUUGGAAGUUUGAAACGUUGAAAUCUGUGAUACUCUUUGCAAACUCCUUUCUGACAGGCCAGUCUGGACUUAUCUCCUAUCCGGCCAAUGUGAUAUAGUUUGUCUUCUUCCCAGGCAGAACUUUCUACUGUUUGUAUACAACAAGACAAAAACGACUAGCAAGUAAACUGUGCUGUGAUGUGAAAUUCUGAA